CUGCGAAAGGCCACAUAAAUUCAAAGCUGCUCGCAAGCGACUCAGACGGAUCAGAGAAGCACUGGAGUGACAAAACACAGGGAGAUGAUGGUCAAGGGAAACUUUUCGAUUGACUGGCUUGCUCGGAGUAGCCGCGAGGGCUACACUAAAGAUAUAGCUGAAGAACACAGCUCGGGUCUUCCUCUGUCUCCCAGCUUCUAUCCCCUAAACUCAACACAGCCUAGGAUAGACAUCUCCCAACAGAGGCGAACACAACCUCGGGACCCUCCAUCGGAACGGAGAGGAGCACUCCCCUGGAUGGGAGAGUGUGGGCAGGAACCGGCUCUGAAAGACUCAGCGGGCGCGGAGUUGUCCGGUCGUGAGGAUUGCUGGGCCUCGGAGAGUGAGUCUGGCCGAUCAGAUUGUACAGUCCGAGAGGAGGAGGAGGAGGAGGAUGAGGAGGAGGGGGAACAGGCAGACAGAAACCCGGAGGCUGACAGCGAUGGGCCUCGGCGUGUGCGCACCGCUUUCACCGCCCAGCAGAUCCACAAGCUGGAGAAGAAGUUUAAGCGGCACACCUACCUGGGGGCGGCGGAGAGGUCCAGGCUGGCAACUUUACUACACUUAUCCGAGACUCAGGUGAAGACUUGGUUUCAAAACCGCAGGAUGAAACUCAAGCGCCAGCUCCAGGAUCUGUACUCUGUUUCCUUCUCCGGCCCCCCUCUACUGACCAGCCCAGCGCGGAUGAGAGAACCGCUCCUGCCUCCCAGCUCCUUUCCGGGAUACUACCUUCAGGCCGCUAGCGGCUCCCACCCCUUCCCCCAGGCCGCCUACCAGCAGCCGGUUGCUGGCCACUGCCCGAGCUUGGAGCAAAGCCUUUCUCAGUAUCAGGCCUUUCUUUACCCGCUGCUAUUGAAUCCUUCGCCAGGGGGGCUGUAUAUCUGUUCCUGAUGAAAACCAGACCUUUACAAUUCCAGUAGCCAGGACUUGGGACUUUGGGAAGUCAUGUUGUGCAAUAUCGCUAACAAGGAAGACAUACAGUAUAAAACUAAAAACUGCCCUUAUUUAAUACCCUAUUUAAUUUUGUAAUUUUUCUAUCUAUUUUGAUAAUAAAAUUGACGAUUCGAACAAAA